AUGGUCCGGUCCCCGCGGACUCGCCCGCGAAACGCGCGUAGCCAACGAGCGUCGGCGCUGGGCCUGGGGCGGGCCCUGUCGCUCAGCAACGCCCCGCAGACGUACCACCCCACUCCCCCCCCCCCCCCCCCCCCCACCCCACCCCCUCCCCCCCCCCCCCCCCCCCCCCCCCACCCCCCCCCCCCCCCCCCCCCCCCCCCCCCCCCCCCGCCAGCUUCCCCCCAGCCCCCCCCCCCCCCC